GGGAAUUUGUCGGCUUGCUUCGCUAUCAGUCACUCUCGGCCCUGUAUUUUAACGUUGCACUUUUUUUUCCUGCUGUUUGUUUGGUGGUUUCGGUGGGCGCUGGCUAUGGCUGUUAGCCUGGAAGGAAUUUGUUUGUGUGUUUUUGGGUUUUGGAAAUGGAAAUCGACGUGAGGUUGGUUGGUAGUAAACUGGCUAGGUAGUGAUGAGUAUCGUGCAGGAGUGAUGUUGUUGGGGAGGGGAUGAUAAGAAGAUAUUGGAACAUUAAUUUAGAAGAGAUGCUCGGAGCGGGAGUUCAUUUUGGUCAUGGUACUAGAAAAUGGAAUCCAAGAAUGGCACCUUAUAUCUCUGCAAAG